CUGUCGCGUUGUGUUCUACUCCAGACAGAUUAUUUUCUAUUCACCCCACUUGUUACUCUAUUCACUCCUUUGCAGAGCAGCCCGUACAAUCCUUGCCUCUUAUUAUUCUUAAUUACCUCAUAUCCCAAUCACUAUGCAGUUCCCACGCUCCUUGUUGCUGACGCUGGUCAGCGCUCUCGCUGCUUACGCUCAGACCGCGACUGGCCCAAAUGCCUUCACAAAUGUUGGCCUUGCUGCCAAGGCUGGUGAACCACUCACUCUGACCUGGAACCCCACCACUGGAGGCACGGUCUCCCUCGUCCUCCGUAACGGUGCCAGCAACAACCUGAACGCAGGCACCACAAUUGCCUCGAACAUCGAGAACAGCGGCUCGUACACAUGGACUCCAGAUAGCGAUGCCGUCCGUGGCUCGGACUACACCAUCCAGAUUAUCAACGAUCAGAAUGAUGAAGAAGUCAACUACUCACCAUACUUUGUGCUGGACAGCGACAACACUGUGGCAUCUACCACUGCGGCGUCGUCAACAACAUCUGUCGCACCUCUUCCAUCCACCAUCAGCACUGCAUCUCCCACAAGCUCUGGAAUGACCACCAGUAUGAGCAUGAGCAGCAGCAGCAUGAGUGGCUCCAGCUCAUCCAUGACCUCGACCCGCACUGCUUCAUCCUCCAGCCCCAGCCAGACCAGCAGCGACGGGUCCCAGACGAGUUCUGGUGCAGGUGCUCGCGCGACCGCAAUGGUUGGCAUGCUUGGCGCUAUCGCCCUCGGCGCUAUGGCACUAUAGGCGUAAGCGAGAAGCUUGGGUUCGGCUCGAGAGUGUCUCGUGUCUUAUUGUAGAGGGCGAUGAAGCAGAAGAAGCGGAUGAAACGAGGACAGGGUUUUCUUCAACAUGUAUAUAUGUACAUAUUGCACAUAUUUUGGGACUGAAGCGAAUUCGACACGACAGAAGGGCCCGUUCGUUCAUGAGGUGGCAAUCAUGAUGACAGAAUCUCUGGGAUGAGAAAUUACGGAAGGAUAGAGACAGGUACAAGUUUGGAUCUGAGAGUUGGGAUGCUUUCGUUCUUGUUGAUAAUGAUGACUGGAGUUUUUCUUUUAUAAAGG